CAGCAGUUUGAGAAAGUACAAGCUCCCCGACUCCUGGCUCCUUGUUCCCUGCACCUCCUGUUCAACCAUCGACGCCUUCGUCAGGCACGCGCAAACAUCAUCCCCCUCCGCAAGCGAUUUGUACAACUCCUGUGUUCCUCACACCGACUUCAACCCCUUGCUGACGCCCCCUCCAUUUGCCCUCAGGCCACUUAUCGCAUACACUCAGGCACGCGACUCACCAUGGCCGCUAUCCCUCUCCCAUACAUCGCCUUCUUCCAAUGGAUUGAACCAUUCUCGACGCUCGUAGGAGCAUUCUAUGCUUGGUUGAAGCCUGCGACGUACUUGGAACUGACGCAUGCUCAGUCGGCCCCGGGGAUACUAGGCGUGCCGGUCUCGACCGAAAUCGUGCUGCGCCAGCUUGGGAAUCUCUACAUCGCGUUCGCCAUCAAUGAGGCACUGGUCUUGAGGGCUACGGCCGAUCUCAAAGUGUGGAAGGCCCUCCUCCUUGGUCUCUUGAUAGCGGAUUUUGGGCAUUUAUUCAGUUGCUAUCCCCUCGGUCUCACUUACUACUACGAUGUCAGGAGUUGGAAUUCAAUGGCCUACGGCAACAUACUAUUUGUCUACUGCGGUGCCAUGACAAGAAUCUGCUUUUUACUUGGUGUCGGUCUUGGAGGCCCCAAGAAGGCAAAACCGAGAGCCAGAAAGUCUGUGAGGAUGAUCACCGAGAACGAUGCGCCUCCAGUGACGCCGACUCAAAUGAACAAAACUCCGGCGCAAAGCACGCGGAGAAAGAAGCAGAACAGGUCGGCUUAGACAGGACAAUGGCUGCGAUAUAUGCCCCAAGAAAGAAGAAUACGGAGUACAGUGGAAGGUUACAAUCGCCCAGCAACGAACUCGACUCGGUUACAUCACCUUGUCUCGCGUUAACCAGCGCCACGUUAUUCUGUGUCGCAGCGCUUAUCGCAUACUCCUAUCCUGCCUGUUCGAUUGUCCUUCAGCGUCAAAACCUACUUCGGUGAUGUCAAGCAAGCAUCCAAACGCAAGCGCAGCCAUGAUCACUUUGGUAUGAAGUGAUCAGAAAUGAUGCGCUGUGCUAUCUUGCUGCUUGAAAAGCGGCCAUAGUCGUUAUGGGAAACAGAUAUAUCUCGUCUCUUUCCUUUUCUGUAACCACCAAAUUGUUCACGGAUUCAGCACCUCAUAUUCGACGCCCAAGCACUUGCCAGCAUUCACGCCUUUGAUCAAAUCAUUCGGACAAGCACUCAUGACGGCGAUCACGUCCCUCUCGGCCCGCAGAACGAGAUAUUCGCCGGGUUUGCUCUGCGGUGGCACGCACCCGAUGCGCCCGCCUCCCGAUUCGCGAUCCAACCCAGACAGGACAGGCACAUUCAUAAACACAUUCAGCGGAUCGGGUGUCCACUCUGUAGUCACGCUGCCGGGCAGGAAACACCCAUCCUCGGCCGCCCGCGCAAGAGCUAGAUGCAUGUUUUCCGCACAACUGCCGUGGUCGUAAUCCGGAUGGCCCAGGUUAUGCAUGCGAAACCUGUCGCAGCAGCCGAAGAGCGUGUCGUGGAUCCCGGACGUGGUGUCCUCGACCAGCGAGAACAGCGGAAGCGAUUUGUUGGUGUAGAGAACGUCGCGCGUCGUCGCCGAAGGGAUCAAUUUGGAUAGAAUGCUCCUCGUCCGCGAGGCGGAGAAGUAUUGGAUCCCGGAGGUAAAAGGGUACGGUGCCGUCGCGGUGGACCUGGCCGGUUUGGCAUCGGAACGUAUGAAGCUCGUCGGCGUGUUGUGAUCCGUGUCGCCCCCGGUCUCGAUUCUGGGAAAACAAAAGGCCCAGAAAUCAAUCACCUGUGUGCCGUGUGGAUUGAUCAAUUUGAGGCGCUGGCCGGAUCUGAGGGAGACGUAGGCGCCUGUUCGGGCGGGGAUCUCGACCGGUGCCAUUUUUUUUGGCCUCGUUGUGUCUGUCUCCGAGUUCGUCUGAAGAGUGUGGUAAGUAUUGAUUACCUCGGUGUCCUGUUGUAUAUGCGUGGAUUGUUCGUUUCGUACUCUCUUUUUCUUUCUUUUUUCACAAUCUCUCCGAAUGGAGUUUUGUCACAACUAAUGGACAAACUUGUAUCGUACUCAGAAGAGGCAGCGACGGGGAUUGAAAUUGAAAUUGGAUGAAUGUUUCCUAUUCUCUACACACAUCCUAGACCCGGAAGAUAUUGGCGGCCAUCUCCUUUGACGAGGAACAAGGACGAGGCCAUCCAGAGCAGAGUAGCUCAACUCCGUCUAUUGCGCUUGGUAUCCCUACCAUGACGGAGUACAGUACGGAGUACGGCCUUGAUCAAUUGACUACCUAGGUAUGAGUAUCAAAACCGAGCCUGUCAAGAAUGUCUACUCGUAAGGAGUGACCCGAGCCAGAUCGGGUACAUACUUUGAUAACUAGAGUGUUGGUAUUGCGGGGAGUGUCGACACAGCAAGGCAAUGCUAGUUACCUG